AUGGGCAUCAUGAACUCGCUUGUGAACGAUAUCUUUGAGUGUAACGAGGGUGAGGCUUCCCGUUUGGCCCACUUCAACAAGCGGUUGUCCAUCACUUCCCGGGAGAUCCAGACCGCCGUGCACCUGCUGCUGCCCGGGGAACUGGCCAAACAUGCCGUGUCCGAAGGGACAAAGGCGGUGACCAAGUACACCAGCUCCAACCGCACCCGCCGCCGCAAAGAAGACUCCCAAGAAGAAGGCGGCUGCCCGGAGCAACCAACCGGUCCCACGCUGAGCGAACAGAUCGAUAAGAUCGUGGCGGGUUGUCGCGAUAGGAAGGGUAUGUCCUACGCUGCCAUCAUUAAGACUCUGGUUGACAGCGGUGUCGAUGUGGUGAAACGUCGCCACCAGAUCAAGAUGAGCAUCAAGAGGAAACUGGAAAGCGGCUCCUUGGUUCAGGCCAAGGGCUCGGGUAUUUCGGGAUCCUUUAAAUCCGGUAAAGGGAAAAGUGCCGUGAAGGUGGUGAAGAAAGCGAAGAAGCCAUCGGCAAAGAAAUCUGCAAACAAGAAAUCUCCCAGCAAGAAGCUUGGCGCCAAGAAACCAGCGGCUAAAAAAGUGGGAGCUAAGAAACCAGCGGCUAAGAAAGUGGCAGCAAAUAAACCCGCGGCUAAGAAAGCGGCGCCGAAGCCCAAGAGCCCCAAGAAAGCCGCAGCCCCGAAGACGAAGGCGGCCAAGAAGCCGAAGUCGAAAUCCGCGAAACCCAAGAAGACAGCAGUCAAAAAGUGA